GCAGUCUGUCUGGGCUGAGGGGACGGGACGCAGCCAUUCAUUCUUCUGUGGAGAAAACGUGGAGGGAGGAUGAAGAGACUCUGAAAGAGGAGGAAAAAAAAUCAGAAAGCAGGAUCGAGCCCGACUAUUAAACUCCACAAACUUCAGAGGAGAAGAUUCUUCGGGACUGCAGAGCGUCAAAUACGCGCAGCCAGCAAGUUUACGCGCCGUGAAGAGUUGAGAGGGAGCUCUUACAUCAUCUGGAUUUAACUGGAGAAAGUUGUCCCUGCGUCCUGCGCCAGAUUCCACACAGGAGGUGUGUCUGAUGUGACGCCAGCGGGCUGGCUCGGCGAGCGCAGCUUCAAUACGAUGUAGACACCGAACACACAAGAGUCAGAGACUGAAGACCGAGCCGACAGAAGGAGGGAGAGCACGAGGAGGAGGAGGAGGAGGAGCAGCAGCUGUGCAGCAGAAACGACACCGGGCGAGAAGAUAAGAAGAAGUGGAGAGAAGGAGCGGGCUGUGAAUCAUUAAACCCUUUCUCUUUACAGCGGCUCGACUCCCUCAGGUCCCUCACGCCGGAGAAAAAGGACCCUGAACCUCGGCUCUCUUAGUCUUAUUUGAGGGGCCUCCUACCCACAAUCCACCUGUUCGCCCGUCAGCUGUGUUGACAACCCAGAGCGUCAAGCAUGUGCCAUGUCAUUGUCACCUGCCGCUCCAUGCUGUGGACUCUGCUCAGUAUCGUGGCCGCGUUCGGGGAGCUCAUCGCCUUCAUGAGCACCGACUGGCUGGUGGGGUUCCCCCGCACGCCCGACGCCGUCUUCGGCCCCCAUGGGGCCACCGCCGCCGGGGAGGCUUACCGGCCCACCUUGGGCAUCUACGGCCGCUGCAUAAAACUGCCCCACCUGCAGCGGGGGGUGCUGUGCGGGCCGUACGCCGUGAACUUUGGGGAGAUCGCCAGCGGGUUCUGGCAGGCCACGUCCAUCUUCCUGGCGGCGGGGAUCCUGCUGCUGUGCGCCGUGGCGUUCAUCUCGGUGUUCACCAUGUGCUUCCAGAGCAUCAUGAAGAAGAGCAUCUUCAAUGUGUGCGGACUGCUGCAAGGGAUCGCAGGCCUGUUCCUGAUCCUGGGUCUGAUGCUUUACCCCGCUGGCUGGGGUUCGGACAAGGUCCAGCUGUACUGCGGCCCGGACGCCGCCCCGUACCGGGCCGGCCUCUGCUCCAUGGGCUGGGCGUUCUACACGGCCAUGGGCGGCACCGUGCUCACCUUCGUCUGCGCCGUCUUCUCCGCUCAGGCCGAGAUCGCCACCUCCAGCGACAAGGUCCAGGAGGAGAUCGAGGAGGGCAAGAGCCUGAUCUGCCUCCUCUGAGGCCCCGGGUCACGUUGGUCCUUUGGGCGGGAAAGGAGGAGAGAGGAGGACGAGGACGGGGGCGACCGGCCCCCUGCUCCUCUGGUCGUCUCCGGUGAGGCCGGCCUGUGAAACGGCCGCCCCACCACGUUGUUUACCACUAAAACUGACUUGUCUGUUUCGUGUUUUUCGUGUGGGAGAAAUCUACAAGUGCCAAGUUUUUUUUUUCCUCAGUGUGCGUCUUUGUCUUUCUGCAACUAGAGGUGCUGUGUCUCUCAUCGUAUUCGUGCCAUGUGGACGCCGCGGGGAUGUCUUUGUCGCCACAUGCUCUGUAAAUACGUGUGAUUUUAUAUAUAUUUUGUACAUAGCUACGAUGGAGGAAUGAUGGAUCCAGGCUGGACUGAUGAUGAUGAUGAUAAUAAUGAUGAUAAUGAUGAUGAUGAUGACGUCGAUCUUGCCAUAAAAAAUGAAAAAGAAAGAAACAAACACUGGUGUUAUUUGCCGCCAGACCACGACCAGCGAACCUGGAUCUGAGCUUUUAGCAUUUAGCUCGGAAAGGGAACCACUACUCAGCCAGAAAUGAACUGCUUUCGGAUGAAACGGCCUUCAGCUCGGAGCGGACGUCCUUUUGGAGCUCACAGAAUGUACUAGUCGAGUGAUUAACGUGUUUGUAGACCCUUGAAAUGUAUCGGUGAAGGCGGUUCUUCUUUUUCACUUUCUGCACGAGAACAAGCGAAGGGAGGCUCCGCGGUGCAUUUUUAUUAUUAUUAUUAUUUUUAUUUUUAUUUUUUUUGUCAAACACGAAGCGAGCUUAAUCCUUUGGCCUUCGGCCCCCGUGAAGGAAGGGUCUGGUCCUCCUGUAGUCUGUGCACAUGGACUGAAUGAUGGGGACACGGAGAUGAAUGAAUAAAUAAAUAAUUAAUAAAUAAAUAAAUGAAGUAUUGCUGUUGUUAGUGGCGUCUGGUUUCAGGGAGUGUGUCGAGUCAUAGAUGGUGUCCUGUCUAUUCUGCCAAACAAAUAAAGAGAAGGGAAAAAGAUAA